UAGAGGACAAUCUCCCCCGUCAGCGGUCGAAGAGCGAACGAAGAAACGAGGUCCAAGGUUUUUCGUUAGCGGUGUUUUUUUUCGCCAGUUUUUGUCGUUGAUGAAGUCGGCAACCAUGAAGUUACUUCUGGCGCUCAGUGCCGUACUGUUAGGCUCUUGGAGAGUCAGUGCCUCGACAGCCGGCUUCAUUAAGUCGCCCCUGUCCCAGCUCAGAUUCACUGAGACUGAUGCAGAGUUGCACUGUGAGGUGGUGGGUGAUCCCAUUCCAGAGGUACAGUGGUGGUUUAUAGAGGGGGAGGAGCACAACGAGACCUAUACCCAACUGUAUGACGGGGCAUGGGAGGAGCGCGUACACAUUAACGCCACAUACAUAACCCACGCCACUAGCACCCUUCACCUCACUAGCCUCACCCUGAAUGAUUCGGGGAUGUACGAGUGUCGCGCAUCCAACGACCCGGACCGCAACGAGCUGCAGAAGAGGCCCAGAAUCAAGUGGAUCCGCUCACAGGCUAACGUUAUUGUUUUUCAAAGGCCAAGCAUCAUAGCCAACCCUGUUGAGGUGGUGAACAAGACCUCCGCUGUGCUGACCUGUAACCUGACCGGCACAGCCAAGCCCAUCAAAGGCUCCCACUGGACUCUGGAUGGGAAAGUUAUUGAAGACUCCAAAUCCGACAGCAACACCCCGUAUACAAGUCUUCAAUUAGACAAGAUCACAUACCACAAAGGAGGAAAGUAUGAGUGCGUCUUUGAUAUGGAACAGCCUGUUCAGAAGACCAUUGAAGUCAAAACUGAGCCACACGUCUCUGCUUAUAAACACUCGGAGCAUGGCAAUGAGAACGACAAAGCUGUGCUGACCUGUGUGAGCCACAGCUACCCUCUGCCCACCACCUGGACCUGGUUCAAAGAGCAGGACGGAGUCCCAGAGCCUAUUGUUAAUGGCACCAGUGACAAGUAUGAGAUCAAGAGCAGUCCUGACAAGACCCUGCUGACCAUCAACAGCUUGAGCAUGGAGACAGAUGUGGGUGACUACAUCUGCACUGGCUCCAAUGACCUCGGCGAUAGCCAGGACCGCAUACACCUGCGCGUGCGCAGCCGCCUGGCUGCGCUCUGGCCUUUCCUCGGCAUCGUGGCAGAGGUCAUCAUCCUGGUCACCAUCAUCUUCAUCUAUGAGAAGAGGAGAAAGCCUGAUGAGAUCAAUGACGAUGAUGACUCAGGCGCUGCUCCUUUGAAGAGCAACUCUAAUGCCAACCAUAAGGACAAAGGUGUCAGGCAAAGAAACUCCAACUAAAACCUUUAGAGAUGAUGGAAGAAUGACUCAAAGAAUCGUCUGUUGUGUGGCACAAUAAUGUGCACCUUGCAAAUCUAAAUAACUUUCUGUGCUUGGGUGUUGAUGUUUUAAGAGAUUUUAAAAUUCUUAUUUGCUUUGUUUUCCUCUCUAAUCUCCUCCACAUUGUGCAGCCAGAGGCCAUAGUGAGUUUUUUCUUUUGAAUGCCAAAGGGGCAAACAUUGCAUGAGUUUUACUGCUGUUCUUGCAAAUGUGUGUUUGUUGUAAAGCCAAUAAACUCCACAAGGGGGUGCUUAAAAUGUCCUGUCUGCUCUGAUGCUCCAGCACUGCCCACUGUCACAUAUGAGAAUGACUGAGUCCACUGCCAUUUUUGUCACAGGUGGUGAGCGUGCAUUUGAAA